AUGCCACCCUUCGAAGAAGAGGGUGGUGCUGAAGACAUGCCUUCACUUGAGGUGGUUCUUAAAGCUGAUGUGAAGAGAACAGCACUGCGAGAGGAGAAGAGGCUCGUGGCCGAGUCAGAGGCAGGAAACACCAAGAACACGGAGAGACUCAAUCAGGUAUAUGAGGACUUGAGAGCUAUUGGUGCAGACUCUGCUGAAUCAAAGGCCCGCCGACUGUCGGGCCUGGGGUUCACAGUAGGCAUGAUGGACCGACCCACAAAGUCCCUGUCUGGAGGCUGGAGAAUGAGGGUGUCUCUGGCCAGAGCGCUGUUCAUUGAGCCCACUCUAUUGAUGUUGGAUGAACCAACCAACCACUUGGAUCUGAAUGCUGUUAUUUGGCUGGACAAUUACCUGCAGACGUGGAAGAAGACCCUUCUCGUUGUGUCACAUGACCAGAGUUUCCUUGACAAUGUGUGCUCAGACAUCAUUCAUCUUGAUCAGCAGAAGCUUUUUACUAUAGAGGCAACUAUGGUAAGUCAAUCUGAUCAGCAGAAGCGUUUCUACUACAGAGGCAACUAUGGGGCCUUCAAGAAGAUGUUGGUACAGAAACGUAAGGAGCAGUUGAAGGCAUUUGAGAAACAAGAGAAGCAGAUCAAAGAUGAUAAGUCAUCUGGAAAGUCCAAGAAGCAGGCUGAGUCGAAAGCUAAGGAGGCGUUGACUCGGAAACAGCAGAAGAACCGCUCCAAGAUGGAGAUGUUUGCUGAGGAGGAGAAGAAGACAGAGUUGCUACAGAAACCCAAGGAGUACAUCGUCAAGUUUCGCUUCCCCAGCCCCUCAUCUCUCAGCCCCCCGAUACUUGGAAUAUCAAAUUGCACAUUCACUUAUGGAUCUGGAUCUCCUCUAUUUAAAGACCUUGAUUUUGGAAUCGACAUGAGCUCUAGAGUGGCAAUUGUGGGUCCCAAUGGAGUGGGCAAGAGUACAUUCCUGAAGCUUCUAGUAGGAACUCUGCAACCUACUACCGGAGAAUUGCAGAAGAAUCAUAGAUUGAGGAUUGGCAAGUAUGACCAGCAUUCUGCUGACCAGCUGGUACCGGAUGAGUCUCCUAUAGAACAUCUGCAGCGUAACUUCAACAUGGACUACCAGUUGUGUAGGAAGACGCUGGGCAGCUUUGGGUUGCCGGGUCACUCUCACACCAUCAAGAACAGGGACCUGUCUGGGGGACAGAAAGCUCGCGUGGCACUGGCAGACCUCACAUGUAGACAGCCAGAUGUGCUUAUAUUGGACGAGCCUACCAACAAUCUUGACAUUGAGUCCAUAGACGCACUGGCAGAGGCCAUAAAUGACUUCAAGGGAGGUGUGGUGAUAGUGAGUCACGAUGAGCGCCUGAUACGAGAGACAGACUGCAACCUCUGGGUGGUCGAGAAUAAGACUAUUAAUGAGGUUGAUGGAGACUUUGACGACUAUAGGAAAGAACUCUUGAUGCAAAUGGGUGAAACUAUAGCAACCCCCGGCAAUGUAGGAGCCACGGAAUGAGUUCAAUGUGCAACUUUACGUUGGAAAAAUUACUUGUAUUUAUUGUCAUGUUCUGUGUAACAUCUGGGUCUAGUUGCUGACGUGUUCAAUCAGCUGUUAAUUGUAAUAUAAUUAUUUUUUAUUUAAACGAGAACAAUCUGUUUGAAAGAGAUUUAUGUAUAUUAAUUCGACUUCCAUUUUCAACUUGUAUUGUAUACUUGAAUGAUCAAUUUAAAGAAGUAUUCACUUUUUGUUCUCUGUUUUGAGCAAUCUAUAAACAGUGGUUUCUGUACUGGAAAUUAUUGUUGAAUAUGAACACAACCUGAGAUUGUUGCAUACUAAAAAAUAUAAAUAAAACAAUAAAUAUAUUUAGUC